AUAUCGAUGUGCCAAUUUGAGGCAAAGGUCGACUUUACUCUCUAGUGCUACCUCUGACAUGCUCAACCGUUUGCUGCAAAUCGACGGGCGAGCUGGCUUCGAGACGGGAGUGGGAGCGCGAGCGGGAGCCCAACGUCACCGGGCAACGGACGGGAGCAAGUCAGGGUCGAGCUCAAAAAAUCGCCGUGGAGGCCGAGGUCCAGCAGCGGCUGCUUGUUCCCUUUUCACCUCCUCAGUCAAGUCGAAGAUCAAUAGCAGCCAGUAUGUCCUCCUCAUCAGCGCCUCUAGUCCUGGUGCCAAGCAGCAUCAACAUCGACGAGACCUUCGCUGUCCCGCACAUCGUCCGACCUGGUGAGACAAUCUCCUCCCUCGACCUCACCUCCCGCCCUGGUGGUAAGGGAGCAAACGUGUCAGCAGCUCUCGGAUUGUCAGGCGUGGAGACGUGGUUCGCCGGUAACGUUGGGAGUGACGCAACUUGGCCCUUGGAUGAGCUCAAGAAGCGCGGCGUCAAGACGGAUCUGGCCGGUGUACUCGAGGGCGAAAAGACGGGCAGGGCUUUUAUUCAGAUCGGCGAGGGAGAUGGGGAGAAUUCCAUCGUUCUCCUCAAGGGUGCCAACUUCCCUUCCUCCUCAGAUGUAACGCCCGAUUCCGUCUCAUCACAGCUGCCACGCCCACCUACCCACCUCGUACUGCAGAAUGAGGUCCCCCUCAGCACCACGGCCUCCUUUCAGAGCCACGCCCGCAAGGAGUGGCAGGGCUGCGUGACUGUCUGGAACCCCUCGCCGCUUCCAACCCGCGACGAGCUCCGCAGCUGGAAGUGGGACGAGCUGGAUGUGCUCAUCGUCAACCAAGGAGAAGCUGCUGACCUCAUUGCUGCACUCAGCGAGGGCGAGGCGGGAGGCGACAAGGAGGAGCCAGAGGAGACGAUGCGUCGCCUCUCGAGCAUCGAGUCCAUGCGCCAGCUCCCCUGGAUCGUCAUGACUCUGGGCGCUCGUGGUGUCCUUGCCUCCAUCAAUUCAGGUGGAGAUCGCAUCCUCAUCAGCCAACCACCGCACAAGCCCAAGCAGGUACGCGACACGACGGGUGCCGGGGACACAUUUGCUGGCUACCUGGUCUCAAGCGUCGCCAUGCUGGGCGGCAAGGGUCUGCCCGCUGAGAGGGAAGUGGUGGAGAAGUGUUUGAGGAGAGCAGGAGUUGCAGCCGCCAUGGCUGUUGAGAUCAAGGGGGCCAUGGAGAGUAUCCCUGGCGAGGAGAGGGUAGAGCAGAGAAUGAAGGAGGCUGGCGCAGCGUAGAGUGGUAAUGUGAUAGAGAAUCUUUGCAAGUCUAUUAUGAAGGCGUGACGCGCCUGGUAUACAAUGUCG